CCGAAACCGAGACGUCAAAACAGGAAAACGAGGAAGAAAACCAGAAAAACACCCGCGUUUUCCUUCGAUCAUUGCACGCUCUCAUUGUUCAUUGUUCCCUCCAUUUACCAAUCUUGUUCAAUCCUGUUUAUCUCGUCUUCUCGUCUCAUCACCUCGCUGGUGUUGGAAAUCUUACGGCGCGUGCAUCUAUUUAGCAGAUCACUCUCCUUUCACGGAAACUCGCGCUUUUCUACCUCAGCCUAACACCGCUUCAUCCUUCAUCACUCCAUCUAUUUUCUGCUGAAGCAAAGUAGUGUCCUGCGAAAUGUCCGACACUGAAGAUAAGAAGAAGGGUGCGAGCAAGGCAGCAACAGCCAAUGCCAAGGAGAAUGAACCUGCAGCAGCUCCGAAGAAACGUGGUCGUCCUGCAGCCGAGAAAAAAGAGGCUCCUCCGAAAGAAUCAAAGCCUGAGGAGGUAGAAGACGAAGAGCCUGAAGAGGAAGAAGAAGAAGAAGAUGAGCCUUCACCACCAAAGAGAGGUCGAGGCAGGCCCAAGAAAGGCACAACAUCUGCUCCUGCUCCAAAGAAGGUUCCAUCAGGCAGAGGCAGAGGACGUCCUCCAAAGAACAAGGGAAAAGCUGCAGCUGCUAGCGAAACUAACGGAGAUGCCUCCGAUUAACUGAGAAAAGGGCUCGUUUCUCUUCCAUCGAUAACUCAUUAGCCUCUCUGGUUGUAAUAUUGCUACCUAAUCUGGGCUCUCACAAUAAGCAGAUUCUUUCAGAGGUAUUAUAAUCACUUUUUAUUUGCAAUUUUUUCACUAUGAAAUGUAGAGAAAAAGCUAUCUUUAUAGGUUUUACAUUCUCACGGAAAAUUUAGGCCCGUUCUUAUGGCAAUGACAAUCUGAAAAUGAAUUUUUCAUGUAUUUUACUAAAAUUGUUGUACUGUGUUUUUUUGCUAUUUAAGCGGUUCAUUAAAUGGGCCCUGUUUUUUUAAAUUUUUCUAGUUUAAUUGGUUAUAAUUAAUGAGUUUCUCGUUACUUCUACAAAAAAAUUUAAUAGAUAGUUCUUAGCUUUUAAACUUCCAACUGUUCAUUUUGAUUAGUAAUUUUUGGUUACCUCUCUUAAUUAAUUUAUUGGUAGCCUUUUUAGUCCUUUGAAGAUUUGUAUUUUAUUUGACUGAAUGUUUUAUUUUAAGAUAAAGACUUCUCACUAUCAGUCUUAAAUUUUUCCUCACAUAAGUCAAAUCUCAUCUAUAAUAAGAAGUUACUAAUUAUCCUUAGGAUAGUAGAAAGUCAUUUUUCUUUCUUUUUUUGCUAGUGUUCUAUGAAAUCAUCACAUACUCUGCUGUGAACUUUCUUAUAUUCUCUUUUCUUAUCUUAGAAGCUUAGGUAUAAAUUAAAUAAAUCUUGACCUUACCCAUAUAUGCAGGCCAUUAAUAAUGAAGCAAUUUCAUCUCAUGAGUGAGGACAUAUGAACUGUCAACUUUCUAGAGCCCAAAUCAUUGUUUAUACUCUCUUUCAGGAUUAUCCUUAUAACCAUAUCACUUUUUAUGGCUUUUAGCACCUUCUUUUAUAAUCAUUGGUAUUUUUUAAAAUAUUUUCCACCAAUAGACUUGCAAUUUUAAUAUUUCCCUCCAUAUACAAAUUCACAAUGGUUAUUCAGUGUGGAGGAGUGUUGUCUCUCCUCUUUACACUGUAGUCUGGCUGCAAAAUCAUGUUAAUGUAUCACUCAUGGUUUCAUCUGGUAAGAUCUCUUUUCCUUCUUGUAAAGCAGCUAUUUGUCAUAUCAAUAAUACAAUUACAUAUUAAAAUGUAUUUCAAUUUCUCAAAA